AUGGACAAUCCUGAGAAUAGUCCUGAUAUCCUGCGGGUGACAGUCACUGGCUGUGGGUGCAACAUUCUCGACAGCAUGAUAUCAAAUACGGCGCCGACAAGAACGAUCCAUCCAGGACCAAGACCAGGACUAAACUCCCCUGUCCACAGGAUCCAGAGUGCAACAGCACAUGCAUCUCUGACCAGACCCCCAGCACCGCCAGAAAAGAGCCAAGAGCAACCCACCGUCCAUGUUGCCAGAGUCUCUCCACCAGUCGGCCAGUUCGUCAUACAGACUCUUUUACAAAUUGCAGGAUUCGGAGUUGCCAUUGCGUUUGGCGUCUACGCCGUCCAGUCUGUCGCAGUUGGCAACACUGCCAAUGAAUAUGGCGACAAGUCUGUGCGGCAGGCCGUCGUAUCUAAUCAGCUGGCCAUGAUGGCAAUAUGCUUGGCCAUGAACAACCAGACAGCCGCAGUAUCGUCCAUAUGCGACCGCAUCAUUCAAGGCGCAGAUUCCGUCCUUCCUACCGUCGCCGAGGGUAUGUUCACCAGCCUCCCACCUGCUCGCAGCACCGCGACUGCCAGUUAUAGUGAUAGUCGCACAGCCAUGCCCACUGCAACCGCGUCUAACUCAGGCCAAGACUCGAUCAGUUCAUCCCCACCGAGCCCAUCCUCACGGAGCCCAUCCAUAACCAUCAUUGUUGCUGGUGUCGUUGGAGGUUUUCUAACCUUGACCGUGGUCCUGUCAACCAGCGCUUGUCUAUUUCGGAGAGCUCAUAAGCGUGCCACUGUCGAAGGGCCGGAGCGUGUUGCUUUGGGCAAUAAAUUUGGGACUGAUAAACCUUACCAAGCAGCAGGGGCUUCUCGCGGAAACCAUGGCAUCUCCGGUGCGGCCGCGCUUUGGGGUCAGAGGUUCAGAGAUACCUUUAUUGACUCCCGUGUCAGCAGUGGAAUAUAG